GAUCACAGAUCCACGGAAAGAGCCGAAGAAAGAGCCCAUAUGAGCUGCCUUUCAGUGUCACCCAUCAGUGCCAGUCAGUGCCACCUAUCAAUGCCAGUCAGUGCCACCUAUCAGUGCUGCCAAUCAGUGCCACCUAUCAGUGCCAGUCAGUGCCGCCUAUCAGUGCCAGUCAAAGCCGCCUAUCAGUGUGCAUCAGUGCCACCUAUCAGUGCCCUCAGUGCCACGUAACAGUGCCAGUCAGUGCCGGUUAUCAGUGCCAGUCAGUGCUGCAUAUCAGUGCCACCUCUCAGUGCUGCCUAUCAGUGCCACCUAUCAGUGCUGCCUUUCAGUG